AGCACACCUCUGCAUCUUCCACCGCACCGCACACACGAAGCACGCACGCAGACGCGAGUAUGGCACGCACCGCCGCCACGACGACAACGGCAGCUGCCGCGGCGCUGCUCCUGCUGGCGCUGGUGGCCACCAGCGCCAGCGCCGACGCAGUAGACGCGGCCGCUGGUGGCUAUGAGAUGACCGCUGCUGCAGCUGCCGGCGGUCGCCGCGGCGUCCGCGCCCAGCCGGCGGGGCUGACGCAGUGCAUGGGCGGGUGCGGGACGAGGGUCACCUCAUGCCUCCUCGACUGCUACAACACGUCCACCGGAGGGACCCUGCCCAUCUGCUUCCUCGGCUGCACCAACAACGCCGUCUUCUGCGCCACCGACUGCACCACCAAGGGGCUUUGAUUCCCAAUCAAUCCAUGGAUCAAUCCAUCCGGGUAGCGAUGAACAAUAUAUAGCCUCGAUCUGCAUGACAUCAUGGGCGUGUUUGAGCAAAAAACAUGCUCUAAUGUGUCGUCUGCAAAUUGUUUGGUUGCCUGCAUCUAGUGUCCCUGCAUUAGAUAAUACGCAAGUGCACUUUGUUUGGUUGCAUGUAUUAGCCCAAGCGGCACAUGAACAUGGCGUUUGGUUGCAUA